GCGAUCUCCCUUUUCACCCGUCGCCUGCGCUCUACUUGAUUCCUGUCGAGCAUUCUGUCUCGUGCUCAACUUAUUCUGCGGCGCACUCCAUUCUAAUCAGCGCAAUAAUUGCGCCCCGGGACUAGUCCCCUUUUCGCCCGCACUCGUACCGACACUACUGCGAUGUACAAUCACCGGCGCGGUCGUUCUUCUUCCAGGCGACCGACACAGCCAACAUCCGCAGCACUUAUCGCAGCCACAGCGGUAUACCGACCGAACACCUCCUCCCUGGAUCCCCACCUCGCAGCCGCCGCCGCCGGAGCAGCUCUCCGCCAUGUCACCGUUACCCCGACUCCCCCAGGCACGAUACAAACGAAGCGCAUGCUUCAGCGCCGCGGGAGCUACUCCUCGGUAACACCACCAUCGGAUAGCGAGAAUGGACCACGGUGGGUACAGCGUAGUCACAGCACGAGUAGUUUGACAAGACGAAGGUUCCGGAAACCGAAACUGCCGCCCCCGACGUCUCCCCCGGCGCAGCAGCAAUAUCACCAACACUCUGGAGCAACAGGUACCCACCCUAGGAACGGAAAGGCUAGGGGAUAUUUUCCUUCAUCAUCAAGCGAUGAUGGCGACAGCGAGGAGGAUUCAAAUAUCUGGCGAUCGGCCUCUAUACGGAGCACAUCCAGCAAUCUGUCGUUCCCCUCGACACUCCGAGGCCCUACUAUGUCGGGCCAGAAACGCUCCAAGUCGAAACGUGCUCCACCAGCAAGAAGUAUGUUAUCUCGUGGAUCACUAAGGGAUUCCAAACCGGUUCCCCCGUCAUAUUUCGAAGGGUUUCGCCGAAGGUCACCCGAACCUGAUUUAACGGCGCAAACCAGGAGAAAAAAUCAACAGGCAAAUGAGAAUGUGUGUCAAGCGGAAUAUGCUGAGUCUGUCUGUAGCGCCACUGGAAGCGAGCUCGGAAGCAUUGCAGAGGAGGAUGGAGGGGGGGCUGCGGGGCGGAUUAUUAGAAAUAAUGCGCCUCCCAGGAUAGCGGAGGAGAGCAGUGAGGGUCAGGAUGAGACAUUUAAUUCCCGGCGGCCUAACAACAAAGUCCAUGAAGCCAGUUCUGUUCCAAGAGCCGCCACCCACACCACGUCAGCUUCCCCCACAAGAAAACGUAACUCCCAAAGUCGUCGCCGGGAGCGGUCACUCUCCCCAAGCAGAACCCAUUUCUCACUCAACACAACGGAGGACACGCCCACCAAGCACUCCCCCCCCCCAAGAUCAGUUUCCCCAGCAAAGAGUGCACUGAAACAUCAUCCAGCAUCACCACCUCCUGUUCCACCCGUCCCCGCGAAUACCCACCUGAAUAACCCCCCGUCCUCACCUUCCGGACGUAAAACCCGUGUCAGCUUCUCAGAUGAAGAUAGCGUUGCCAGCUUCAUUCAUAGCCGUGCGCCAAUAUCCACAGACUCCACCCCUCCGAUACCACCCGUAUUCGGGAGCAUCCGGAGAACAGGGCGGGGUGCCCCGCAAAAUGGGAAUGCUAAAAACACGAGGAACAAAUCACUCCCGCCAGCAAUAUACAGCAUUAGCCCUCCCCCGAGCAGUAGCUCUCAGGAAGACUUGCGGCUAGAGCAGCAUAGGGCGGACACAGCAGGUCCACCAGACGGACGGUUGGGGUAUACCCCGCCUGAGACAAAUCCUUCUAGUAGCGUCCUUGGGAGGUCUGUUCCGGAGUUGGUGGUUGUGAUCCCUACGCCUCUAGAGAAGGGUGAGAAUGAGGCGAUGGGUUCGGCGGCGCAGGCUCUUGAUGGUUUCCCAGCCGGCGAGUCUUCUUCUGCCAAUGCUGCUGCACCGGCUCGGGAGGACAUCGAUAGUGACAGCGACGGAGCAAGCAUAUACUCCGACGCCUACGACGAUUGCUCUUGCAAGGGUGCUCCAGUGCCUAGUAUCAUGCAAGUGGCCGGCUCGCAGGAGGCCCCUUCACCAUUACCACACGUCCCUCGUACGCAGCCACAACCAGGCACUAUCAACCCCCCGGAUCCUCAAAACGACACCCAAACUACCAACCCCCCAGAUCCUCAAAACGGCACUCAAACGUCACAAAAAAAUCCCACAAAAUCCCACAAAAGGGAAUCCCCACCCCUCCCGCCGGACUUCAUCCCCGGCUACACCUCCACCAUAUCCCCUUCUUCCUCUUGUCGCCCCCAAUCCCCCAUACGAACCCACUCCACCUCACCAUCUUCCUCGGAUACAGCAAGCAUGACCUCAAUAUCCUCCUUCAAACGAGUGCAUCCGCGCCAACCACGUACAGGCAUGCGCUCAACAAUGCGCUCCGACCCCCCCCCUUCCGCUCCCCGUGACCCCCACCAAAAGCCAGCACCCCUCCGCAAACAAAAGCGAAAACAAAUGAAGUCUACCCUCCGUGGCACCAGCCGCAUACCAGAUUCGUCCAACGAGGAUGAGGAAUACCGACGGCCCGCACUCCAAAGCUGCUUCGCAGGCUCUGACGAUGAAGAUUUUGCCAUUGGCCCGGGUGCUGGUGGGAAAGGGAAACUGAGGAGGAAGAGACCCAACCGCGGCGCCUUUCCCAAAAAAGAGAAGGAUAACGUGGGGAAGGUGAAGAAUGGCUUCUGGGCCAGGUUCGGGAAGAGCGAGAAGAAGGAUGAGCUCAAAGGGAAGGAACCGGGCGUGAUUGGAAGCAGAAGUGAGGGUGCGGCGCUAGCGGUGGCGGCAGCGGUAGAGGUACCUGAUGCUACGGCGAAUAACGCGGCGCUGGGAAGUAGAACCAUUAGGAAGCAGAAAACGUGGCCCGAAUCGGGGGUGAAGCCCGUCAGCGCUCAUACCAAGAGUCCGCCGCCAAGGGUAGAGGAGAAGAAAGGGUGGAGGAGGCUUUUUGGCAAUGGGUAG